CAAUAUUGAGAUGAUUUCCCAAGUGAGAUCAACAUCUCAUGUGUCAUUGAAGAGAGAGACGCUGAUCGUGCCUUAAAUAUCAUCCACACCAGCAUGUUCACGUUCUUGGACUGAAAAGUGCUCUUUGUCUUCCCUUAUACUUUUGCGUCGCGCUACCUUCCAGAUUUUGUGUCCGUCUCUAACGCUAUGAUGUCCAUAAUCACCCUUAUGUCUUUCCAAACUACAAGAGUCACGUGCAUAUAAACAGCUGUGUAGUUGAUCAUGCUUCUUUCCUCCCUUUCUUUCUAUCUCCUUUUUUCCUUUCGUCGGUUGCAGGUCCGUCUAAUGCAGAUAGAUUCUUGGCUUUCCUUGUAUGCCCCAGGUUGUUCAUGUAUUGGCGUCAAGUUCAUUUUCUCUGGUCUACCGGGGUUGGCUUACCUUUAUACAUUUUUUGAUUUAUCUGUCCUUUUUGUCUAUUAUAGAGUUUCAUUUCCUCGCAAUACCUCUCCCAUUAUUCAUAAGGAAUGUUUCUAGUUAAGUUUUCUUCGGUUUAUUCAUCACAUUGCUGAAUAACUAACUAGUCAUCUAUCAGAAUGGCUUAGUUAUAUGGCGAGGUCCGGAUGUCCAGAUUAAUUUUGCUUCCAAU